CGACACCGGUCCGAUUUUAUUCCUUCCGCCCACCGCCGAUUUCUCUCCUGCAAUGGCUUCCGGGCUGGUGAGGCUGGCCCUGCGGCCUCGGUGCCUCCUGGCUCCGGCGGCCCCCAUACUUGCCCCGCCAGUUCGGGGCGUGAAGAAGGGAUUCCGCGCUGCUUUACGCUUCCAGAAGGAGUUGGAGCGGUGGCGCCUGCUCCGGUGCCCGCCGCCGCCCGUGCGCCGUUCAGAGAAGCCCAACUGGGAUUACCAUGCUGAAAUACAAGCAUUUGGACAUCGGUUACAUGAAACCUUUUCCAUAGAUCUUCUCAAAACUGCAUUUGUUAAUAGCUGCUAUAUUAAAAGUGAGGAGGCCAAACGCCAAAAACUUGGGAUAGAGAAGGAAGCUGUUCUUCUGAAUCUUAAAGAUAAUCAAGAACUAUCUGAACAAGGGACAUCUUUUUCACAAACUUGCCUCACACAAUUUCUUGAAGAUGUGUAUCCAGACUUGCCCACCGAAGGCAUCAAAAGUCUUGUAGAUUUUCUCACUGGUGAGGAAGUAGUGUGUCAUGUGGCUAGGAACUUGGCUGUGGAGCAGUUAACACUGAGCGCAGAAUUUCCAGUUCCCCCACCUGUAUUACAGCAGACUUUCUUUGCAGUAAUUGGAGCCCUACUACAGAGCAGUGGACCUCAGAGGACUGCAAUUUUCAUCAGGGACUUCCUAAUUACUCAAUUGACUGGAAAAGAGCUCUUUGAGAUUUGGAAGAUAAUAAAUCCCAUGGGACUACUGGUAGAAGAGUUGAAGAAAAGGAAUAUUUCGCCUCCUGAACCUAGACUUACUAGGCAGUCUGGAACCACCACAGCUUUGCCAGUAUAUUUUGUUGGUUUAUACUGUGAUAAAAAGUUGAUUGCAGAAGGACCUGGGGAGACAGUAUUGGUUGCAGAAGAUGAAGCUGCUCGAGUGGCACUUAGGAAACUUUAUGGAUUCACUGAGAAUAGACGACCCUGGGAUUAUUCAAAGCCCAAAGAGAAUCUGAGAGCAGAGAAGUUCAUCACUGCCACCUAGCCAGUCAAGAGAUGUGGCAACCUGAAAUUUGUGAGCAAAACAAUGAGACAAAUGUCAAGAUGUUCAAUGCCAGACAUUUUUCAAAUUAUAAAGAACUAUGUCCCAUUCUCCGUACUGUGUACCUAAAAUUAAAGAAGCGUUAAUGAGGUCACAUUUUGAUUUGUCAAAAGAUAUUUUUUUUAACUUUUUUCCCUUAAAGUCCUUGAUUUUAUUACUGUACGUAGUUCGUACAGUUAGGUAUAUUUUAUUCCCCUCUAGCUUUGAGGUAUCAUAAUUUGAAUAUGUAUUUUACGUGUACUUUGCUGUAAUACCAAUAAAAUGUUAUUCUUUCUCUAAA